AUGCAAGGUGCAAGGUUUGUGGAGACAAAUUUGGUAUAGAAAAUGUUGAGAAAUCAGAACUAUGAUUUCCACAAAAAGAAGUUAGAUGAAAUCUAGACGGACAAAAAGGGAAGAUUUGCAUUUAAGGAUCUGCCCGUCCUGAGUAAAACGCAACAGAUCAAGGCAUAAUCUUCUAGGUUUUAGAAAUCGGAAUAAAGAAAAAGAAUUGAUGAAUAGAAUUAAUAUCUGAGUUCUCAUAUAAUUGAAAUAUAGGAGGGUAAGAACUCUUAAUUCAGAUCGAUAUGGACAGUGUAGAACUUAAGAGAGAAAGCAUAUGCUGACACUUCUCAAUGGUGUGAGAAUGCCUUGGGUAAAAGACUUCAUUCCCCUUUGAGGAGGAAACAGUAGCAGAAGAUUGAUGAAGAAAACCAGGAACUACAGAAAAGACUUGAAUUAACCAAACAAAUCUUAUUAGAAAAGUAACAGGAACAAAUCUCUAAAUACGAAAAGCUUCGUGAUCACAUGACUCGUAUAAAAUCUAAGGGACCUAAUUCUCCCAUGAUGAAUACUCACUUUCCAUCAGUAAAGAGCAAAAGCACUACUCAUUUGAUAAACAAGCCAUUCUAAUCUGAUUCACUGAUACAAAAUAGCAAAAUGAAUGACUUGUUAAAGUCAGAAAUCAAUAUCAGCAAAAUAUCCAAAAUAGAAUGA